AUGGAGAGCCUAUAUAAGUGCGGUGCGCUCUUCGCGCGUCUUCAUUCAACCCUUUCAGCUCCUCGCCGCAACUCUCUUUCAAUCAUCCGCUUCGUUACGCAACGCUUGUCCCUCCUUCGGAAGCUUUAAUACAUCAAUCAUGAAUUAUCUUCUAAUCAUUCUAAGUCUUCCGCUAGCCUUAGCACUCUAUCCGCGUUACUUGUCACCUGAUAAUGAAUUCUUCCCUAAUAGAUUACAGGUUAGUUUUGAGGUGCUUUGUUUUAUCAUAACAAAUGUUUGGAUCGCUUUGUUACCAAUGCUGGGGCGUUUAGUCCAAUGUUUCGCUUAGUUCUUUGAAAAUAAAGAGGCCACUCAGUACGGUAAAUUAGGUUGUUGGAACUUACGAUUUGCACACUUUUACUGUCGGAAAAAAAAACUUAAAUAUUCAUUUUCAAGCAUGCGAAGAUUUGGAGCCGCUUAAGGCGAAUCAAGAUUCUCGAACUGAAUUAUGUAUUUUAAAAAAUUGGAAAAAAUUUAUGAGACCUCCUUAAACCAAAAAGUUCCAACUCACAAUCUAAAAAGUUCAACAAGAAUCAGAAAAUCUUGAGAAAAAUAAAGCACUGCUUUUUUUCAGGACGGUCGGUAUCGGUUCAGAGCACAUAAACAGCCAAAAAUACAGAGAGAAGAUGAACCUUCAAGGCAAGAAGCAAAUCUUGAAGAAAGCAUGGACGCAGGUUAUUACUGUCACUCAAAAAAUUGCAUCAGUUUUUAAACUCAAGUGAAGGUCAUUUAAUGGACUUCUGAAGAAAAUAGAUACCUUGGAAAGCUCAAAAAACCAGGUGUUACUCCAAUUUCCCACUUGACCUAAAAACUUUGAAGAGCACGAGAGUGUCAGGUUACUCCGACGGAUUUCGUUCACGAGAGAUCGAAAAGAUUUCAGAGGUCCUUCAGUCUUAUAUGCAGUCUGGUCCUUUCUUGGAGCAGGACUCUUCUUCAGAGCAAGAAGACGAAUGCUUCGCGUUGCCCAACAGAACCAGGACAAGACCCGCUUUUUUCCAGUGUGAAGAAGGUGACUAGUUUGUGACAUAUGAUGAUCAGACAAAAGAAGAUAAAGGUUUAAAUCGGGUUCAAGUUUUUCUCACGCGAUGUUUACUAGUUGUAAAAGUAUAUUGAUGAGCUUAAAGAGUUCUGGAAAUGUUAAAGAACGUAGUUACGCUGUGCUAUAUUUAUGUUUCAGCGAGCUUUUUGCUCAGAAGAAAAUAUAUUUGAAAAAAAUAUAUUAAAACUUUGAAGGAAGACUAUUUUUAGGUUUCGAGAAAAGAGCUAUGUAGCUUAAAACUUUCAUAUAAUUAAUUUCGUUAUUUCAAAAGGUCACACUCCUCCACUCAAAAGAUCUCAGUUUCAAGUUUUGAACAGAAGAGCUUAAAAUAUUUUUUGACACUUCUCACACAAACUAGGCUCAUUCAUCGAAAAACGCACUCGUUCAAGCCGACGUCGUGUUUAAGUGGGCCAAUACGGCCUUAUAAAAAGAGCAUGGGCCGGCCGAGUGUUCCGCCGUUCGGAGCUCGAAACGAUAGUUCAAAAGAAAGUGUGAGGGACGCUUCAGGAAAGAGCAGAUCAAACAAAGCCGCGGUCUUAUCAGCGACUAAAUUGGGAAACGUGCUUCAGAUACCGUACUCACCCUACAUGGUGGCGCGAUCACCAACGUUUCUGGCGAUGACGCUUAUCCGGUCAGAUUUGACAACCAGAUCAGGAUAUUCCUUGAUGUCACUAGCUCUUCUUCCAGAAGGUAUGUUGAAGAAACGAUCGAUAAUAGACGAAAAUACUUAUAAUAAUCAUCUGGCCGUUGAAAUAAAACAGCAUUCAAUGAAGGUUAUUAGAAUUAAUAAAAGUUAAAAAUAGGAACUGAAAACUUUUCUCCUGCUCUGCAAUAAUAGUGCUAAAAUAUUGCAUUGAAAUAAUUUCUGGCUGAAACUAGUUAUUAUUGUGAGUAAAGCCAAAUGAUUAAGCUCACUUAGUUUUGCAUGCUUCAGCCCCCAAAACUUUUGUUUUUCACUUUUCUCUCCCGUCUCACUGAAUCGGAACAUUUUAUUUGUCUUACGAGUAAGUUUAAUCUGAUAUCAUUCAAAAUCAAAAUGAUUGUUCUUUGAGCUCUAAAACUUGAAACAGCUCGUGGAAUUAAAACAAUGCCCAGAACGUCAUGUAAAAUAUCAACAAAAAGAAAGUUUUUUGAGAACUUUUGUUCGAAUCCCCAGCUUUCCUAAAGUCAUGCUAUUUCUAACGACAUUCCAGAAUGUAAGCGUGGCGUUCGAAAAAAAAAAACAAGAAUCUAGCUUGUUCCUGUUAUUACAUCGCACUUGUUUCCGCUACCUUGCAACUUCGAUGACCAAAGCACGUUGACCGCUUUUUCUUUGUCUCUUUUUUGAGCCUCUUGUUUACAACAACACACUACACGUGAACAUUUCAGAUUCGACAAUUUGGGCGUGGAAGUUGCCCUUUACAAGCGGUCAACUGGAUGGUUUGGCUGCGGCUGGAUGUUUCUGCCUAGCUUUGGAAUGCUGUCAGUUUUUUUUUGACUCUCGAAGAAAAGAUAUAAAUGAUCGAAGAGGACGUCAGAGCACAAAAGAGUUUGAAAAAAAAUGUUUGAAAUGUGUCUGAAAGUUAAAAAAAUUUUUUUAAUUUUUGAAAAAGGGGGUAGUAAGUCCCUUCAAGUUUAUGUACAGUACUUUGGCCUCGGAACUUUUUCUCUCAAGUUUCGUUUCUCUCUCCAAAAAUAAAUAGCGAAAGUUUUUCAGUGAUAAGGAACUUUGGAGUCUUUCCAUCAAUCAUCAGUUCUUGAAAAAAACUUUAAAAAAAUUCAAUUGAUAAAUGUCAGCAUUUUGAUCCAAUCAGAAUUCUUUUCAUUUUUAAAAUCUGUAAUCGAAAAAAAUGAUAUAAACUUGGCAAAACAGAUCAUUUAGGUGCAGAAAUCCAAACGUUUUUUUGUUAAUUAAAAAAAUUUUUGAAUAAAUUUCAAAACGCAGAUAAAAAGCAAAUCUAUCUGAGCGAAACCUCAUUUUGAAGGCAAGAAAUUUUCAAUCCACUGAUCUUUUGGCACAUUUGGAAAGUGAAUAAUAAUCUCAGAAUUAAAUAUUUGUCCUGAAAUUUCCUGAAAAGCUUUUAAAACCGCUUAUUAAAAUUUGAUUUGAAAAGCACGAAAAAGUGAAAUUCCCUUUUUCGUCGAGAAAAAAUAUGACUGCAUAAUAACAAAAAAAAAAUUGAAAAAAAAACUUGAAGAAGCAACUACGACAUGUGUGAUGACAAUCCGUCGUGUCCAGUCGCUCCUGGUCGCCAAGUUUUGGAAUUUGUUCUAGACCCUUCGAGACUAUUCACUCGUAUCUUCCGUAUGAUACACCACGAUAUGGUAUUUAUUCUCUCUUUUUUCAUUCUUCCUCUCGGGAGAACCGACUGAAACGGAGAACGAACGCCUCUUGAAAGUACGACAUAAAAAGGUUGAGCGCUAUGUGGCUAUCAAUCACUGUCUCUCAAAGAUAUGAAGGUGCAACUUGAUGCAAACCAGUUCUUUGUUGGGACUUUACAGAGUUAUGCAAAAUUCAAAUAUCAUAAAAAAUUACGUUUAUUCAUCACUCAGAGUGUAUAAUAAUAAAAAAGAGUAAAACCAGCUCGAGUUUUCAACUGGUUGCUAGCACAUUUUUCUAAAAAGAGUGUCUUUUUUCAUCUAUUUCUUCACUAAAAAAACUGCUCAAACUGUGAAGGUUUUCCAAACUCGUUCUUCUGAACAAAGGCUCAUUAUUCACAAAAAGUAUUUUUCAAUUUAUUAAAAAAACUUGACUAGCAAAGAAACUGUUUAAAAAAACUUUCCCCGCCCUGGUCCAGUUUUUUUAUUUCGAUUUUUUUGAGCCAGUUAAACAAAAUUAGCAAUGAUACUCAGGAGAAAAAUUGACACAAUUAACCAAAUCAAGAUUUUAUUUCAUAUUCGGAAGAGAAAAACAGAAAAAAAAACUUAGCUUCCUCUGAAAAUGACGUGAGCGGAAAAUCACGUCAUUUUUAAGGUUUACCGAAAACCACUAAAUCACAUGAAAAUUGAUGAAAUCAAAUAAUUUAUAAGAUUUAAAGUUGCAUAGAUUUCAAUACAAAGAAUAAGGGAAAAGUUAAUUAACAAGAAAGCGCAAAUCCGGGGGUUCUAGCUGGAGUGUGGCCGCAUGUCGAACGUGUGUAAAUGAGCGUUGUCGUAUUUGGGGAGUGUCGUCGUUAAGAUUCUUCGUUCCAUUACACCAUUCCUCUUUUAGUCCGCCUAUCAGCUGGUGGUUCGCCUCAGAGACAACCGCGACCCCUACCACGAACUUCUCUGCGCCACUAUCCAAACUCGCAUCAAACUCUAA